CAUCAAACAAACACGCCAACUCUCUCUCUCUCCUUCUUAGCAUCCGUCCUUGAACAAACGCCCGCACUCAAAAGGUUCUGCAAAAACCACACCAUCUCCUUGAUUCCAUAACAAUGGCCACCGGAAUUGUGGUGGUUUUCGACUUCGACAAGACGAUUAUCGACUUGGAUAGUGAUAAUUGGGUUCUGGAUGAGUUAGGUUUUACUGACUUGUUCAACCAACUUCUUCCCACCAUGCCUUGGAAUUCUCUCAUGGACAAGAUGAUGGGGGAGCUUCAUGCCAACGGAAAAACCAUCCAGGACAUUGAAGAGGUUCUGAAAAGGGUUCCUAUACAUCCCAGAAUUGUACCGGCCAUCAAAUCAGCCCAUGCCUUAGGGUGUGACUUGAGGAUAGUGAGUGAUGCAAAUCUCUUCUUCAUCGAGACAAUUCUAAACCAUCUAGGAAUUAGGGGAUGCUUCUCAGAAAUCAACACGAACCCAGGCUACGUUGACGAGAAUGGGAGGCUGAGAAUCCACCCAUAUCAUGAUUUCCACUCAGCAUCUCAUGGCUGCGAUCGCUGCCCUCCUAACAUGUGCAAGGGUAUGGUCAUAGAAAGGAUUCAAGCAUCUAUAGCUAAAGAAGGGAAGAAAAGGCACAUCUAUCUUGGCGAUGGGAUUGGCGACUUCUGUCCAAGCUUAAAGUUGAAGGAAGGAGAUUACAUGAUGCCAAGGAAGAAUUUCCCAGUUUGGGAUUUGAUUUGCAAGAAUCGAAUGCUUCUAAAGGCAGAGAUACACGAGUGGAACGAUGGUGAAGACCUUGAACGUCUUCUUCUCCAACUGAUUCACUCCAUUUUCGCCGCAGAGGAAAGCCUGUCUCAGUUGUUGUCAACCGACUGCAAGUUCCAGACAAUUCCUAUGUCAGUUCACCAGGCCUUACCUCAAGCUCUAUCAGUUCCUCAGUAGUGGCCAAUGCUUUUUCCCGAUGGCCAAACUUAAGGGGGGACGCAGAUUAACUCCAAAUAAUCCAACUUUUUAGUUUUUUUUGCUGCUAGGUUUUCCAUGAUUUUCUAACUCUUAUCUGUUGAUCAAAGAGGGAUCCACGAGAAACACAGUGAAAAUCUGCACUUGUUUCCAAUGUGUGUGUAUGUACAGAUUUGAACUGGCCUACUCUCACUUGAGGCUCAGAUUCAAACCAUUUUAUGGCUCAA